UGACAAUUAACCAACGUCGAUAUGAUGAUUCGAGACUUAAACGUCCUGAUAAAGCAAACGAAUUUACACGCACAUAUAUGCGACUUGCCAAGGACAUCCGGCAGCAAUUUGCCAAAAUUACCUCCAAACGCAAAAUUUUAUAAUCGUUGGAAACGAAAUCUUCAGAAGCUUGUUCUUGUUUCCGCUCGACAUCCUUUAACGCGUUUAAUUUUCCGCAGCCAAGCAGCUGUUGCUUUUGAAAAGAGAAGACACUCAAGAUCACCUCAUCGAUGGAUGAUCCAUCCAUGUAGCAUGUUAAGGUUCUACUGGAAUGCAAUAAUGACUGUCAUUUACUUAUAUAUUUUCAUGACAGUUCCGCAUAUUAUAUGCUUCUAUAGAAUCGGAAGGAGCAGUGGCCCAGAAAGUUGGAAUAUCGUAUAUCCAUUAUAUAUCGUCUGUAACAUCGAUAUUAUCCUAAAUUUUAUUACUGGAUUUAUAUCUCCGGAUGGACAUGAGAUUUUUCUUGAUGCCACUCUAGUAGCACGGUAGUGUACAGAAUAUUCUUGUGCUAUGAUUAUUUAUAGAAAGAGAAAUUAAGUUUAUUAAUUUUUAUUGUUG